UGCUCUUCCCUUGUUCUACGUAAGUCCUCUCCAUUGCUUCACAUCACAGAGCAAAUCGCUUAGUGAACUCUAAUUUUUGGACUUUUAAAUUUAUUACAUUUAGCAAUAGCUUGUGCUUAGGCAAAAACAUGACCAGCUUCAAGCAAAAGCUUAGUAAAAAGACAUCAGGGCAGAUUAAAAUCUUAUGUAUCGCAUUGAAACAGGGGUGUUACAGUAUAGCAUGUCGCUAAAAAGGAAAUACCGUCAAGAGAAAAUAUAAAUGUUUCCUGAAAAAGUGUGUUUGGCUGCGGUGACAAUAAUGAAUUCAUAAUUUUGAUGGUUUUGGAGUACUCGCGUGUAUAUUUAUUCUUUCCUACAAAGUCUCUGAAAAUUCAAUGCAAACAAAUCAACGCAUGGGUAUACCUUUUUGCCUCGCAUUCACUUUUUAAGCUAAUUUAUUUGUUUGCGCUUUUAUCAGCCGGCCCUUAAACCGACCGGCCCUUCGGGCGAUCGCCCGAAAAGCCCGACCAGCCAGUCCGCCUCUGGAUUCAUGUUGUAUUUUAAUACAGUUACGAGCACAGUGCGAAGAGAGUGAUUUUCGUGCGUCACAGACGAUAACUUUGUGGUCAACAAAACAUGCCCGGCAUACUUAUCAAAAACUUACCACUCUUUCUUACCAUAAAUUCAUCUAGACGACACUGCUUAGGCUAUGUUCACAUUGCUCCGUAUUCGUUUUUAUCUGUUUUCAUAUCGAUCUGUUUUACCUAUUUACACUGCUCUGGGUACAUUUGACAACGGUGUGAAAAAGAUGAAGCGUUCACAUUGCUCCGCUCCGGAUAAAAAGGAAAACGCCACGAACUGGUUUACAGACCUUGCUAAUAAACUUUUCAAUCAAGUCACUGCCACUAAUAUUCCUCCAAGUAGUGUAAUAACUUCGAGUGAAUCAGCCAUGUUAAGAAAAGUUGUUCAAAUUGGCGCGGUCUAAACAUCUUGCUGUGGUGUUGUUGUUGUUAUCAGUUUCUAAAGUAUCCGUUUUCGGCGUUCACACUGCGAAUUACGUUUUCGAAAGUCUCCGUUUUCAAAAGUCUCCGUUUUCAAAGUGCGUUUUCAAAAGUCUCCGUUUUUAAGGUGGAGCAGUGUGAAUGCAAGGUGAAAACGGAUACUUUUUUAUCCGUUUUCAUUGGAAUCCGGAGCAGUGUGAACUUAGAGGGUUAAAAAGGCUUGAAAAAGAUUUGAUAGAACCUGCCGCUCUUACACGGUCAGAUUUUGUCGAAUUCGAUUAUGUCGAAUCUAGUUUUGCUUCAGAUUUGUCGAAUCGAAUGCCCCUUUUACACGAUCAGAUGCCUUGAAGUUCUUUUGUUAUCAUUUGUUUUUUCCUGUACUGGAUUUGAAUGUAUUUCAGUAAAAAAAGGCUUGCUGGAAUUGAAAACUCGCGAUAAAUAAAUACCACUUUAAACUGAACUAAUGACAUAUGGGGUGCCUCAAGGUUCAAUCAUUGGGUCAUUCCUAUUCAUCAUGUUGAUCAAUGAUGCUCCCCUGGUAUUGGACCCAGGGGGGUCACUUGAACUUUUAAUACAGAGGGGGGUCGUCUAAUAGGUGUUGCCCGAUGGCAGAAUCGCUAUUAGAAAUGAAAUAACGGUUCAGGUUUAAGCAGGAUUGACAGCGAAUAAGAUUAUUAUUAUUACUAUUAUUAUUAUUAUUAUUCUUGUUAUUAUUAAUAUAACUGUUGAGCAUCGCAACGCCAAGACGCGUUUGUUCAUGAUUAACUUUGAACUUCUUUUUGUCUCGCAUUACGAAAGUAAAAUACUACAAAAUCUAAAUAUUGUUAGUAAUAGUGUUGCAGAUAAGACAUUUAUAAGAUGCUUGUAAAAGCUAGUCGUAUAGUCGUAUAGUUGUAAAUUUAAAAUAUAUUCAAUAAAAGUGAGAUGUUUAAAAAAAUUAUUAUUAUUGUUAUCUGCACGUUGUGUGCUGGAUGAAAAUUGUACCUCGACCAAGGCCGCUACACGUGGCGCCAUAAUUCUGCAUUAAAUUUUCUAGCCACUUUUUUCACAGCAAUGGAUCUUUUCUCUACGUGAAUUAGCUAGGCUUUCUUUCCCCUUCUAUCAUAACUGGAGACCAACUGCGUCCUGACUCACUUCUCAAAACCAAGGGAAAAUGUCAGUACGUUUUAAAUCUAACAAUAAGCUUAGAAACAAAUCUCAACUGCAAUACAAACAGAAAGUCAGAUAAAUUUGCCACCCUCAUACCUGACUUAAAACGUCAGUUUAAAUCAGUUUCUUUUGUCAAAAUUUUCAUCAGUUCACUUGCUUUUUGGUAACUCCUGUAGUUUUUCCAUCGACAUUUGCGACUCUUUGCCAAUUUAUCAUCAACAGAAACGCUAUAUAUCUCAUUUUAACGUUUUUCUUCAUUACUACGAUUGUAUUAGUUUUAUUUUGUGGAAACAGGCUCGCCAGAUACAAAUCACCUAUGUUAUAGUGAGAUUUGUAAUUGUAGUUUUAAUUGGAAUUCUAGAUGAAAAGUUUCAUUUGAAAAAUCUCAACUUUUUUUCAAAUUUUGGCCAAUGUCUAGUCUUUUGACCAAAAAUCUUUUUCUAGAAAAAUUUUCUGUUAAAAAGUUGAAGACGGCUACUCAUAGAUGAGGGUGUUGCUUUCCAUUGCUAUCCAUCUUAUUUUUCAUUAAGCUCUAACAAAUAAAAAAUGUAAAUAAUAGGCGUAAAUAGUUUUUUGGCCGCAUUUAAAUGGGUGCACUUUUUUCUCAAUUAGAAAGGUGACCACAUAAAAGAAAACCUCCUAGCUACUUUUUAAGCCUGGUUCAUAAGUGUGAAGCAAAAGCUGAAGCAAGCGAAGUAGGCAUGCGCAGUAAAAACUUUUUGGAUGAAGCAGAGCAUGCAGCAAAAUGUGAUUACAAACUUCCAUACCAAACAUACUCGCAGCCUGACAAUCGAUGUCGGUCGAGAGCGGUCAACAGGCAAGUGGAAACUGUUCUGUCGACCCGGAUUAUCGAACACUUUCGUUUAAAUUGAAACUGGCCGUAAUUGAAAUUGAAACAAGCAAAUUAAGGUUACGGUGAACGUUUUCUGGAUGAAAACAUCCCUUUUUCGAUUUUUUCGCAUUCAAGUAGCUGAACUUUUAAGGCACACAAUGACAACAAAUUUGAAACAAACAGAAAUUUUGAAAAUGGAAAAUAUCCCAUGUAAACGAAGGUUUCCAUAAUUUCUUUUUCAGAACUUUUAUUUUGAGGCCUGAAAAUCUCUUGACCUGUUAAGCCGAUUAUAAUUGCUUUGCGGUUGUGGUCACAUGUCUCGUUUACAGUAUCGCAUGGCACAUCCAUGUAUCCAAUGUACGGCUGUGUUUAUAUAAAUAGGCUUACUGAUCUUGAAGCUUCAAGUGACUUGACCCGGAUUACACUGUGGUUUACGAGUGUAUUUCCUUGCGAGCUGGAUCAGAUCCCGUUUUCUACGGACUUUUAUAAGGUUAUAUCAUAGACCACCUCGUUGUUUAUGUAUGAUUCGCCUGAAGGCAAUCAGGGAAAACUAUACUUUUACAUCAGAUUUUAUAAAUUUGCUUGCGCGUGUUUGAACGGCUUACUUCAUUCCUUGCUUCAUUCAAAAAGUUUUAACUGCGCAUGCCUACUACGCUUGCUUCAGCUCUUGCUUGACAUGUGUGAACCAGGUUUAAAGGCUGAUUUCCACGAGGCGAAUUUCGCAUCGAAAUUGUCUUUUGAUUUCCACGAGACUGCGAAUUCACUGCGAAAUUAUAUAAUGACUUCCCCCAAAACUUAACUUUAAGGCGCCCAUUUUCAUAACUGCACGCAUGGAGAAUGUUCCAAGAUUGUUUUCUUGCAAAUCAAAUGCAAAAUCAAAACUGCGCAUGCCUCGAUGCCUUCAUCGGCGAUUCGCCGCGAAAAUCGCCUAGUGGAAAUCAACGGUCUUUCUUAUUUUCCACAAAAACCUCGUAGCAUGCCACAUAAAAAGCAAAUAUCAAUUUACAUAACACUACGAUAUGUCCCUUUUCUGUGACGUUACAUUGCACGACCAUUUCACAAUCGAACGCACGCAGGGCAGGAAUAUUUGACUACACGUUUUUAAAAGAACAACCCUUAUAAGAAAAAUCAUGCAGAAAUUUGCCCAAAAAGUAAAUAAGAGCAACAUAUGAAUCAAGGCAGGCUGAAAUUCAACAAAACUCAAGAAAUAAAGUAGCAACUGAAAAAUAAAUUGAAAUUGGAAACAAAAACUAACAAAUAAAAUAAUAUCAAUUGAACAACAGAAAGCGAUUAGCGAAAAUCUGGACAGAGGCUUAGAUUACUUUAUCAGACAGACAAACUACUACGCUAAGGAAAUUCGAUUACAAAAAUAUGAAACAAAGAAGCAACACGCCAGGCAGAAAUUAUGGGAAAAUUAAGAAACGCAAAGAUGACAGGGCCAAGUGCUCUUAAAGAUAAGCAUGGAUUAAAAAAAUAUCUGUUUAUCUUAUUUUCUAUUUGCACGAAACAUAUAUUUUUGCAAAUUUUUAUUCAUGAUAUAAAUAUAUCAUAAUACUAAAUACAAGAAUACCAUCCAGAGGGUCUUCUUAAUGCCUUUCAUCUAUUUCCAAUUCCUAAUCCCAAGAAGUUCAGAGAGAAAUGUCAUUAUCUUCAUUUACACAAAGUACUUUUCAGGCUAUUCCAACCCUGCGUAAUUUUUCAUCUGCUCCGGCAGGUCAAAGAACUUUCAACUUUGCACCUGAUUAUAUUCAAAAUUGAGUCUCGUAAUCAACGCAAAUCAAAUUGAGCAUCGUAAACAAUCUUGAAUAAACAAAAAUAUUCUUUCAUUUCUUGUCAUAGUAUAAAAAAAUACCCCACAGAUGAAACGUUGUAUUGUUUCCCAAUCAUUUCUUGUCCUGGUCAAUCCAAACUUCCGCUUUGACGUCACGAAUACACAACAAAAGCCAGUGGUUGUCAGAGGCAAAAAACAAACUGCGAUGGUAUUGUGUACUCAAACCGAUUACUAUUCUUUUCUGCCGAUGCUGCUUCAGUUAUGGUCAUUAAAUCUUUAAUGCUGAGAGAUAAUGCUAUUACGUUUUCAAAACAGAUGCUCAGGAUUUGGUAAUGCCGUGAGGGUUUUUGUCUACGAUUUUGCAAGUUCACGGACACAGCAUAGUUGAAGGCUGGAUUCAACAAGUACUGUUGCUUUUGCCUUACUGGUUGACAAGUCAAGUACGAUAAACGAGCCGAGCAGCCAUGCCACAAGAAUCACAAAACUCGACGCCUCCACUUAAACCCUACGAUCCGUUCAUCGAGCAACCGAUUCCUACGGCAGUAGGCCUAUUUACCCUAGCAGCUAUAAUCCUUACGCUCAACCUCGUUGCCAUUAUGGUAUUCAUCAAAAAGCGCAAGAACAAGCCUCCUGUCGAUUUCCCGCUACUCAGUCUCCUUAUCGCAAACGUUCUUCAAGGUACACUCACGCUUCCGGCGUACGCGUUGAAAAAAAUUAACGCUUUCGGGGACUAUGAGCAAGCGAUCAUUUGCGACAUUUAUCGCUUCUCAUUUUUCGUUUGCGCCCAUGCAUCGAUUAUGAGUCUUCUUGCCAGCAACGUGGAUCGCCUUAUAGCUCUUGCGUACUCCUUGCGUUAUUACGAGAUUGUUACUACUUUUCGAAUAAAAAUAAUCCUCUUCGCAACUUGGAUGUUCGUAAUUGCGUUUGAUUCGGUGCCGCUGUUUUCAAAAAAGCAAAACAGAGCUUGUCAUUACGUGCCAACGAAAACUUGGAGCGUGUCGAUGCACAUCGUUAUGAACAUUAUCCCCUUACCGUUGCUCCUUGUUGGUUACAUAAUUACGAUUCGUAUCGCCUAUCAGCAUGCGCGAAAGUUGAGAAGAUCUUUGCGAGAAAAGGGCGUAAGCCGAAAAGAGAAAGUAAAAGCUAUUUGCAGGAUCCGCGCAACAAAGAAAGUGUCUCUGAUCAUUGGAAGUUAUUUCAUUUGCGUAGGCCCUGCAUGUGUUUACUAUUUGCUGGAAUGGCUCUGCGUUAGUUGUUUUUCCAUUGGCUACAAACUGUACCGUGAACAGUAUCUGCAUUUCUUUCUCAAAGUGUUGGUUAAUAUCAAUGCGAUCAUUUCUGCAAUAAUUUUUUACUGGAAUAGCAAAGAUUUUAGGCGUUCUGCUAGAGACAUGUUGGGCGGGAGGGAUUCGACGAAAAAUACAAUGGAAUAUAACGCCAGCAUCACUGCAGACAGACACAACUUAAUAACUAAUGAGGGAAAUUGUGUCGCUGGUUCAGAUCGCUCUGCGGCGAAAAAAUCAAAAGACAAAAGUGGUUCUUCUUCAAAUGGAAGUUUACUGUCAACUGAAAACAAUGAUGAAAAAGAGAGGAGUUCCUUGAUAAUAGAUGGGAAUCAAGAAUUGCAAAAGAAUUCACCAAAAAGCUGGUUUAAGAGGAAUUUGAUUAAGAAGUUCGUUGAGAAAAAAGACACACCCGGGGUUCUUUUAGAAGAGCUGAAUUGACUGUUUUGACCAGCAACUCACACAGACAAAUCAAAGAACAAUGGAAACUUUGCUCACAUAAUUAGCGGUGAACUCGCAGAGUCUUUCAGCUAAAACUUAAUCUCUCCUGUUUGGAAAAGACUCGCGGACCAGGUGAAAUAGCUCGUGGAUAGUGAAAAAAGAAAAUUGGAUGAGGCUAUAAUGACAUUUUCUCAAGACGUAUAGAACAUAGCACGAUAUUCGUUUAAAAUAAUACUUAAAAUCUGAUUAGAUGAUUCGUCUUAAUCGGGUUAUCAAUAAGCUUGAAUAACUUGAGUAGUUCAACUCACCGUAUGUGAUGUGAAUGCCUGUUAUGUUAUUUACACCCCAUCAUCUUUUCCUGAUUCGCUUUAAAUUAGCAUGACCUAACAAUGCCAAACAUUAGUUAGAGAAAAAUAAAAUUCAUUUAAAAUUUCAAUUGACGGAAAGUACGUUCAUAGAAAGCUGUUUAGCAAAGGAACAAGCUCUCAAAGGGUGGGGAAAAUGAUAGUUUUUCUCAUGAUUUGUAUGAAAGUUUCGGCACUGCAUGUCGAAAAUUUAGAGAAAAAUUAAAUGCCUUAAAGUGUCUAUGCAGCGAAAUUUUAUGUCCUGCUUUUUUCCCAUCUUUUCUGAUACGUUUGACACCAAAAUUGUCAUGAUUUGACCAGUGAAAUGUAUUUAAUCAGAUUUUGAAAUUAGGUAGUACUUGCGAAAACCAAGGGCAGUUUAUGACGUCAAAGUGAUGAGUCUGGUCGACAGCAAUCAGGAAACUGCGGUUGUACAGAAUAUAUUUUAGUGGGGAAGAAAAGCAAAAGAAUUGUGCAAAUUGUGAUACAAGCACAAAAAAUUCACAAAACUCUAAGUUUGAUACGCUGAAAAAGAUGAGAUAUAGACCCAAAUUACAUCUUGCCCAUAAGAUCUAUUUUUAGACUGGGGUACUCCGGUCAAUCCCCCUAAUUGUACCUUUGGUCAUAAACGGAUGUGAUAUAGUUCCUAUUCAUAUCUUGCACUCUGAAAAUAGAACAAGGGGGCAAUUUUCAGUCGGGAUUCAUAUCCUAUCUUUUGGAGCGUAUCAAACUGCCCCUUAUUGCAAAGUUUCAUGCUAGUAUCACAAUUUGCACAAUUUGACCCAAUAAGUGAUUUAACAGGCCUGACUAAAUGCUUUCACCCCGACUCAUCACUGUGACGUCACAGCGGAAAAUAAAAUUCUGCAAUGCAACUGCAAAAUGUGCAUGCUUUGACACUCAUUAAAAAAAGAACCAUUUAACUUAUCGGAAUUCUGUUUUUUGUAUAAGAACAAGGGCAAAGGAUUCUAUAGAUUUCUUUUAAAAUAUUGGAAUGGUAAAUUUUGCUGCAUAGGCACUUUAAAACAAUUGUAGAGCUUUCUUGCACACCCUAGAUAUUAAUACAAAAUUGGUUUAUUUUCCAACAAGUAUAUAAUGGUCCAAUUCCUACUAAAUAUAAUAAGAGGACUUCAAAGGAAAAACUACAAAGUCUUGAUAGAUUUUUCCUUCAUAUCAAAAUAUAGAAUAAAAGAAGCUAUAUAUUAACAGAGUGAUGUAACAUGAAUUCUAAACAUGCGUAUUUAUGAAAUCACCUUUGAAUCUAGUCGCAUAACUUGCAUCUAUCAGCUGGUUGAAAAUUCCACUGUACUGUGUAAAAAAUUAUCAUUUUAAUUAAACUUUUGUUUUAAACCAAAUUUUAUAUUUCCAUAAUAAUAGAUUAUCCUUUUCUUGAAGAUUAGGCAGUUGAAAGUUUCCUUAAGGCUUAACUUAGAAGUCGACCCACCUCCCAUGAAUUGUAUGGUGCUAAAAAAUUAGAUGCUGAUGCCUUCUUGUCAACUGUCACCUGCUACCUGUAUCUGUAAACCCAACAAAUUUCAAAACAUAGGCUGCCACUGGCCCCCUGCCCCCUCUGUUUAUCUGCUUGUUUUAAGAACCAAUCCUUUCCUGUUGCUGAAAAUUGCCCCCCUCCCAUUCAGCAUUUCUUCCUUAAUAUUCUUCCAUGAAAAAAAACCAGGUAGCUGCAGGGGUUCCAUCCUGUAAAAAUAGGAAGGGGGGCUGUGCUUUAGGCAAAUUCAAAGGCCACAACCAUGACCACACCGUACCACAUCCAAAGUACUUGCAUUUGUGUUUAAGACUGUUGUGUCUAGAAAUGAUUCAAACUAUUCAAUAACAGAGACAAACUGAAAUUACUCAUUCAUGGAAAAGAAUUUGUCCAACUAAAUAUGGACUAACUUGUCAAUGGGGGGCUGAGCCCCACCCACAAUCUGUUUGAAUUUUAACAAGGUGGGCUGUGCCUUCCUGAGCCCCCUCAAUGGCAUCACUGGGUAGCUGCUUGCAUUACGAAUUAUUGCAUUUAAUGCAUUUAUAGAAACAAAUCAAGAAUUUUACCCGACAGCAUUUGUUGCUUUCUUUACCAGGUAAUACAUUUUGUUUUGCUCAAAGCAAUGAUUGGAAUUAUGUAUUAUUGAUUGAAACAAAUUUGGAAUAAAUUUAUCAGUAGACAAUUAUUUAGAGAGUUAUCACUUACUCUUCUUUAAAAUCAUUUAAGAAAUUAUAUCAAUAAA